GCCAUAUAUUGCCUGGAGCUAGCUAGCUAGAUAGUAUUUUUUCUUACUAUAAAAUAUACACAACAUAUUUUCAGUCCUUAUGAUUUUAUUUACACUUAUGCAACUCUCAUAACCAAAUUAAAGCAAGAUGUUGGCUUCUUCGUCUUCGUCAUUUUUGGCGAUUCUACUACUCACUUGUAUUAUAUUUCCUCUAGCUCGAGCUCAACUCAACUCAACCUUUUACUCCCUCACUUGCCCUAAUGUCUCCGCCAUCGUCACCACCGUAAUGCAACAAGCCUUACAGUCCGAUCCUAGGAUCGGCGCCAGCCUCAUUCGCCUUCAUUUCCACGACUGCUUCGUUCAAGGUUGUGAUGGCUCGAUUUUGUUGGACAACAAUAGUAAUAGAAGCAUCCAGAGUGAGAAGGAUGCUGGCCCGAACACGAACUCGACCCGCGGUUUUGACGUGGUGGACAACAUCAAGAUCGCGGUCGAGAGUUCGUGCCCCGGUGUGGUGUCUUGUGCAGACAUUCUAGCCCUUGCCUCAGAAUCUGCUGUUUCCUUAGCAGGAGGUCCUUCUUGGAAUGUGUUGUUGGGAAGAAGAGAUAGUACAAGUGCAAAUCAAGCAGCAGCCAAUACCUCAAUUCCAGCACCAUUUGAAGACUUGAGCAAUCUCACUGCUAAGUUUAAUGCUGUGGGUCUUAAUGUUACUGACCUAGUAGCAUUAUCAGGUGCUCAAACGUUCGGGCGAGUGCAGUGCCGGGUGUUGAGCAACCGGUUGUACAACUCGAGCGGCAGCGGCAACCCUGACCCGACGUUGAACACCACCGACCUAUCUGCCCUCCGCCGAAUCUGCCCGCAAAAUGGCACGGGAUUCGCUGUGGCGAACCUCGAUCCGACAACGCCGGACACCUUCGAUGCCAAUUAUUUCUCGAACUUGCAGGUGAACAGGGGGCUGCUUCAGUCGGAUCAAGAGCUGUUCUCCGCCGCGCCCACGGCUCCGAUUGUCCGCCUGUUUAGCGCCAAUCAGAGUGCAUUCUUUCAGAGAUUUGCGGAAUCGAUGAUCAAGAUGGGGAAUAUUAGUCCUUUGACCGGCUUCAAUAAUGGAGAGAUUAGAGCUAAUUGCCGUAGGGUUAAUGGGAGCUAAUCGUGUUUCAUCAACUAGUCUACUGUCUACGUAUUAAUCCAUAAAUAUGUAUACUGAUCAAUUACGAGAUCUAACAUUUGAUUUUGUUAUAAGAAUUAGUGAUCGAUGCAUGCGCUUGCUCCUCUCUUCAUGAUUGGAUUUCUUAUUUGUUGUUUUCAAGGUUUGGAAAUAAUGAUUGGAUUGCUUUUUUUUUUUUUUAUUGUAUGCGUUACGUAAUUUUGCUUGAAA